GUUCUCUUCAGAGUAUUAAUAAGAAAACGAGCUACGCAGACGACAAAAACAGGCAAGUGGUAAGAUUUAAAGUAAAUCCCCCAGAAUAAUCCGUAUAUGAACUUUGUUAUUUAAAUUCUCUUUCACUUUUGUAUUUCACUUAGACAUUUUUUUUUUCUUUCUCUCUUUUACAAUCUUUCUUUUUUCUUAAGAAGAUGUUACACGAGACGAUUCGCAACGACGAUUUUUAGCUCAACACAGCGUUGCAAUGCCGGGACAAUGUUGUAACCAUUCGAAGCAUAGUCGCAACAAUGUUGCAAUUAACGCUAUGUUGGGCUGAAAACUACUGAAAUAUUUUUUGGCCAAUAUCAAUAUUAACAAGCACUGGACAUAACUGUGAGUCUUACCAGUGGGUAGCCAUAAAUAAUUAAACGGCAAAGUUAUUAGCAUCAAAAGUGGGCUUUGCAUGAGUGAGGAGCCUACUGGGAAAACAAGUUGUCCCAUCAAAUUUGCAGACUCCAGCUAAAAGACGCAAACGGUACAAUUUGAUUCCUUAAAAACUAAUUUGUUUUUUACUUCUAUAAUUUUGAAAGCGUUAGACAUGACUGAAAAAAAGGGUUUUAAAACUAUGUAUCGAAAACGGCUACUUUGAGGCAAUAUCAAACGUGAACGUACGGUCAGUAAAGGGGAUUUGAAAUACUGGGACCAUCGAAUUUGAGUAGGAACCUUAAUCAACAAUCUGUAAAUGAAGUACUCGCUCAUACUCGCCUUUUUAUUGAAUCGUAAUGAGCAUCGACUCUACUCUCUAUAGCUAAGGAGCUCCCGCAGCAAGAACUAUCACCAGCUGAGUCUUCGAGUCUGCAUUACUUGGUUCACCGCAUGUAUAUUUACCCUUUAAUAAUAUUUUCCCCUUGAUAAUUAAUAUGUUUCAAGGCUUAAUCGAAGUCUAACUUAUUAAAAUUUUUCUUUUGAAGGCGGUUAAGUCAUGAAGGCGCUGAAACAAAUCUUCUGCAUGUCCGUUAUAUCUGUUUUGGGCCAAGUGCACUGCGUAGUGGUAACUGCACAAUGCUCAAGCAGUGGAUACGAGAUAUCCAUACUGGGUUGGAUGUUACAAGGCCACAUUUACAAAACGAUGGAGGCAAACUCCCCGCUAGACUGCUUAUUUGCGUGUAGAGAAGACGAUCGAUGCCAAAGUUUCAAUUGGGUGAUCUCUCUUCACUUGUGCGAGUUUAAUAACAGAACAAAGGAAGCCAGAUCUGAGGAUUUCGUGUCAGAUCCAAACAGAUUUUACUUUAGACGAUACAAAAACAGAGGUAAAAAGGUUUUUAAGACAAUACUACCUAAGAAACAGUGACUGAGACCUUAUUGAAACAUUUGAAAACAAUCAAAGACCUGUUCAGGUGUUGUGGCUGUUGUAAAUUCACUUCAAGUAAUACAUUUCAGCAUUUAGGCCACGAGGACUUAAAGAUCGAUAAAGAGUUCAGCGUGAUUGGGACAAACUGGGCCUUUAUCUUUCGCAAAGAAGUCUGGGACUGCUCUGGGAACGGGGAUCCCAGAAGUCUUUGUGAAAGGUAAUUUGGCCCAGUUUCCACCAGUUUCUAAAGAGGCGAAUGCAAAACAGAAUCCAAUAGAGCGGAGAAGUCAUUACGUCACGUUGCCAUGGUAGCAACAUUUCUGGAUGUCAACAAACCAAAAUGUCAUUUAAAAAGUGGAUUUGCACUGUUUCAAACUUCUUCGAUCUUAAUUUCAUUUAAUUUGUCAAAUGUUGGCGAAAUUUUCUGGGUUGAAUCCGAAAGGACCGUAUCAAAGGUUAGAAAAAGAAAAAAAAACUUUGUGUGUUGUGCUCACCUACUUCAUAAAGUGGGCGCGUGAAAUUAGGAAGUUUCAUGUCGCAUUCGUUCAACAGCGGUUAAGAAAUGUACAAAAAAGCGUGAUGCACGUGCAAAGUUGUUUUUUUUUUUUGCCACUGAUAUAAACCUAAUUUUUUUGCUAUUCGCCGUCGCCGUUGCAAAAACUCCUUGUUGUUGUUAUCCAGAAAUUUUGCUACCAUGGUAACAUGACGUCACACUUCUCUUUAUAUCUGUUUUGUCUCUCCAGUCCCUCUCGGUUCAAUUCCUGAACUGCCGGCUGAAACCUGCAAGGAAAUAAAAGCAAGCGAGGAACAAGCGGUCAGCGGCAAGUACUGGUUAUACACCAUAAAAGAGAAUAUUCCUGUUCUAGCUCACUGUGACAUGGAAACUUUCGGUAAGUUCUAAAUUGCACUGGAAUUACAUCUAGAAACACACUGAGGGCUACUUAUUCUUAAACGUGCUGGUGGACAUUUAAUAGGUCGACUAACCUUUGCUUCUUGUCGAUGGGAAAUGCUUAGGCGUCAUCAUGGCUCACUAUUGUGGCUGCGUUUUGAACGUUUUCGGCCUUCCAUAUUAGGAAGUUUAAGCGGCGACGUUUUUGAGCGACGCACGUCAAACGGAAGUGGACUUUUUCCGCUCUUGAGCCAAGACUUUUUUAAACAAAUUUUUGGGCAAAUCGUCUUUAUAAGAGUAAAGACACAUAGCAAUACAAAUUUGCUUGCAUCAAGGCAUGUUGAAAAUGAAAAAAGCCUUCUUCCGGUUGACAUGGCGUCGCUCUGAAAACGUCACUGGUUAAACUCCCUAUUAAGCCAUCAACAGCGUAAACUGCUGUUUCAUGCCAUUCUGGUUCUCUUCUUUUCGCAUCAACGGUUGUCACCUCUGUUGAAUUGCCAGAACACAGGCUAUAGACUGACCCCUGGAUUUGGUUAUACGUUUGUCCUCAGGUUUCUUUCGGGUGUUUUAUGUAUGUGUGUAGUUCUGAUCAAGUUUAUCCGGCAAAUACCUCGGCGUUUACAAAACUUUUGUUUUUUCCCGUCCACAUUAAAACUGUAAGAUGCUGUUCAAAAGUUUUUUUAUUUAUUAUUAUUUUAUAAUUACAAAGCGUUUUUAAAAAAAUCUCACCGUGCAAGGUUGCGUUUUCAAAAAUAAACCGAUUAGGUAGGUUGAAUGAGGUCUUACAUUGUUCUCGUCUUGCUAGCAGAGUAAUUGCUGGGCGCCCAGGAGUUUUUUUUUUUAAUAAAAAAUGCAAUACUCUUCACCUUGCCUAGCUGUGACGCCUCUAGAAGGGCAUAACCUUGGAAUAUGUCCAUAUUUGAGACCACGGCUAGCUACAACAAAAACAACAGUUUAUACAAUUUGAAAAUAAUUUACAAUUAUGUUACCUACAAUCAGGGGGCUAAAUUCUCGUUGGGUUACCAUACAAGUCUCCUAGUAAUAAUUACGUCAGCGGAAAUUAAACAGACGACGCUUCCAUCUUGAUCAACUCACCGCAGACCAACAUAUAUUGAGGGAUGUUCAGGGUUCUUUCUUGCAAAAACUUAAAUUAUACUUUUAAAAGAUAAAAACGUUAACUACAAUGUACAGUACGAUAAGGAAUGGAAGGGCCAUAAGCCGUAAACUGACUGCUUCAGCCGACAUGAUCAAUUUAUGUCUUACCAUUUAUUAGACACCGACGAGUGCUCCAUUCGAGACAUUUUAAGGCUAUGCAGUUUUUAUAUUUCUUGACCUUAACGAAAUUUGUCUUUCUAUUUAUGCCUAUUUAUAAGACAUUGACGAGUGCUCUGCUACCUCUCCUGUUUGUGACGUCAAUGCCAACUGUACAAACACUCGUGGUUCUUAUCUGUGCACUUGCAAGAUUGGAUUCUCCGGGGACGGAAAAACCUGCAAGGGUAAGUAAGAUUUAUACACCAUUCGAGACCUAUUGAAAGAGCACGUGAUUCUGGGUCACGUGGGUCGUGUUAAAUUGCAUUAUGUGACUGCUUUAAGAGCGAUUUUGGACCAGUUUCCAUUGCAGCCUCGUCAAAUCCGAAAAAAGAAGGGCUGGCGUCCCAAAACUAACCCAGUCUAUUACGAAAAAGGUGUACGGACGCACCGACCCCAAUUUUCUCUUUCCCCUUCCCCAUUACACCCGCGGCGGAUGCGCGCGCGGGUUUGGAGAGGAAGGGGAAGGGGAAAAUUGUGGACAGUGCGUCCGAUAGAUGCGUUGCAGCUUUACCAGUGGCCACUAUCAUAAAGGACUACAGCUCACAUAAUUAGAGAGACCAUUUUACAGUGUGAGACGGUAUAACGCUUUCAUUUCGGACGAAAACUCCCUUUGUUUAAAGUGAUAAACCGAAUGACGGCCCUUUUCUUUUUCAACUAAACUUACUGAGGUCUUGCCGCUAACAAAUUUCACUGCCAAGUGUCUUUACUCUUAUAAGCUGAGACGAUUAAUUUUUGGCGAAAAUUUGGGCGAGACCACUGCCCAAGAAUGCAAAAAUUCCAAGUUCCGAUUGAUAUGCGUCGUUUUAAAACGACUUUGCUUUAGCUCCCUAAUGACACACUAACAUGACUGACACGGUAUGAAGUCGACAUUUCUUAAGUCCCAAAUAUCCCGACAGAAAGGUACCUAAAAAUGGACUAAAUCGAUCGAGGUAUAAGUUGGUCUUUUUGCCACUGGAACUUGUGAAUAAAUUCACUUCAGGGAGGCUAAAUCUGUAGGAAUUCGUUAUCAGGGCUUGGAGUUCUGCGAUUAUGACGAAGUCGCUGAAGUCGAAACUAGACUAUGGUCCUUUGCGGGUGACCUUCGACUGACGCGCCAAAGAGGGACUGCUCGAAAGAGUACUUAUACAUAAUCCAACCAAUCGUUCAUCGAAGAUUCUUUUUAACAACAAGCGUCAACUUUUAUCAUGUUCAACGCUGUUGUUUGCCUUAUUUUUGGUAGAGAAGAUGACAAACAAAGUAAGCUAAAGUAUAUGUUUAUAAAAAGUUUCAGAUUGCCUCAACUACCAAAAUUUGACCAACGGUAACAGGAAAGUGUCCCAUGGUUCAUCCCCACUUCUUUGUGAUAAUUCACUCCCACAUGGAUGGUAUCGUUUCCAAGGUAACGCAGGGACAAAAAUGCCUACUUCAUGCAUUGCUCCUCACAAAUGUAGUACCCAUGCCACUGGCUGGCUUAACGGUGCUCAUCUGUCAGUAGAAGAAGGAAAAGUCACCAAAAAGGUUUGCUUCAACUGGCAAUCAAACUGCUGCAGGUGGUCCAUCAAUAUUGAAGUAAUCAACUGCGGAGAUUUCUUCCUGUAUCACUUCAGAGGAACACCCCCGGAACAUUCGUGUCAUCUCCGUUACUGUGGUACAGACUGA